AUGAAGGUGGGAGAUUCAAUUUCCACUGUAGAUAAUCAAUUGGCUGCUGCCUCGUCAUCGGCCCCUGACAGUUCGGCUACAACUACGAACUCUAUAAGUCUUGACGAUGAUAGUGUUAAUGAUGAUGAGUUGAAAAAAGCUGAGUCGAUAGUUGGGGCUAAGGUCAGGAUUAAGGUGCCAUUGAAGGUUUACCAUGUGUCUAAAGUGCCCGAAUACGAGUUGACGAGAAAUGUGGGUGUAGUGAAGCCGUAUGUUGGGGUUCAUAAGGGGAAAAAGAUUUCAGCUAAUUUGCCUUAUAAAGUGGAGCUCAUGGUGGAUGAGGUUCCAUUGCAUUGUGUUUACCAUCAUGCAGACUGCAGUAUCGCUAACAAUACAUCAUUUGCAUAUUCCUUGGCCAAUUAUGAAGUUCCCAAUGCAAACAUUAAUUUUUGUUUUAGCUAUGUAGCUUCCUCGUCUGAAAGCAAUGCAGUUGGCCCUGGCAAUGGGCCAACAGCUAGUGGUGCCUCAUCAUCUUCCUUUGCAGCUACAGCUACUAACUUAUUUGGUCCGAGUUGGCAAAGUCCCAAGUCUCCUAAUCUUGGUUUUACUUUUACUUCUCCGUCCCCAUCCAUUGGAUUUGCCUUUGGUGCAUCACAUCUUCCUUUGAAGAUACAACGUUAUCUUCACCAUCUCUUUCUCAUACGCAACCAGUAUUUGUCGUCUGCAUCUUCUGUUCCUUCAUUUGGUCAACCAACCAUCUCACCUUCUCCCCCUGGCUUCAUGUUUGGGUCAACAAUACAAUCACAACCUAGUCCCUUCCAGUUUGCUGGCCAGCAAAAUCAAGUUGCUUCACAGAACCCUUCUUCAUUUCAGGCAUCAGCCGGUCUAGAAUUCAAUGCGGGUAGGAGCUUCUCGUUGGGCAGUGGUGGUGGUGGCAAGUAA